AUGAGUGACUUGAAGGCAACGCAGGAUACAUCAACGCAUCCCGCAAUAAUAAGCCUCAAGCAACUGCUUGAUCAAGGACAGAUCAGCGAAGAUGUUUAUAAAAGAUAUGUUUUCCUUUUUAAUAAGUUAAAUUCUGCUUUCGUUCUUUCUUGCAAUAAUGAACAAUCAAUAUACCGUAAAGCAAGUGAAUACAACAAACAAUUAAAAAAUCAAAAGCUAACAAUUUCGAGCUCUGCUGAAACGCAGCAAGAUAAUAGAAUUCGAAUGGGUGAAUUAAGGCAAUUAGUAACAAAUAUCCAAAUAGAAUUAGACUCUAUUGAACAAAAGACUGUCGAAAUUGUAAAGAAUACUGAUAUGAAGAACCAUGAAAUUGAAAAAUUAGAAGCGAAAAUAGCAAAGCAGAAAGAAGAAACAGAAUCUACCAUGGAUCCACUUUCAAAACAGUUAACACAAGAAAUUGAUGAUCUUCAAAAGUCAAUUACUCAACUUAGACAAAAAAUACAAUCAUUAGUAAAAGAAAACAAAGAUAACACCGAGAGAUUUGAAAAAAUGAAAGAAAGACUCGAUGAAAUACAUCAAAAGAGAAUAGAAGCGAAUGCAAAACUUACAGAAGUUGGAAUUUUUCCAACUUGUGUCAAAACGCAAUCAAAUGGAAUUAAUCAAGAACAUUUAACUUUACUUGCUGAAGAAAAAACAGCUAACAAUGAAUACUCUACAUUAAAUGAAAAGCUUGAGCAAAUUAAUCAACAAAUUGAUGCUCAAAAUCAAGAAAUUGAGAAUACCGAGAACAGUACAGUCAAAGAACAUGAUGAAGCUGUAGAUAUUAAGCUCCAAAAUGAAGAAAUACGAUAUAAAAUGUCAACAUUAUCAGAUAAAAGAAAUCAACUCAAAAUGGAAAGGCUUCACAUUGAUAAACUCAUUCGUGAAGAAACAUAUGCGCAAGCACAGAUCCAACAGCGUGUAGAUGGCAUCACUAAGAAAAUUUUUGCGUCAGAAAAAAAUUGUUUAGCACUUGAAGAAUCUAUUUCCAAGCUUAACACAGAAAUGCAAGCAAUGAAGUACUCUCUUAAGAAAAUCAAUGAAGAGAAAGGCUAUGAAUCCGAAAAAGCCGCAAAAUUUGAAAAUGAUUUGAAAGAAGUCAACAAAAGAGUUCAAGAAAUGUUGAGAUCUCUUAUAAAAUCAGAGAAUAUCUCAAAACAACUCGCUCAAGAAAUUGCCCAAGCAAUCAGAGAUGGAAAUACAAAUCAAUUGAACUUGGAAAGGCUCACAAAAGAACAAUAUGAUCUUAAUACACAAGAAUCUGAAACAGCUUUGAUCAAAGAUAGAAAAGCUCGUGAAUAUGCCCAAAUGAUUCGGAAAAUUGCAGAAACUAAGCACAAAGCUCAAGAAAAACAACUUGAUUUCCUUGAUGUAUGCAAGAAAUCAGAACAACUUGCUAUUAGACAACAAGAUCUUGCAUAUUUAUACGAAAAUGUGAAAGUUGAUAGAAAUAGAUUUAUUUCUAUCAUCCAAACUUCAUCACAACUCAUCACAGAACUUAAAGAAAAGAUAAAGAUCAUUGAAAAUGAAGGAACAGUCCUUUCAAAUGAAUAUAACAAAAUUGUUAUUGAUUGUAAGAGGACUAAAGCUGAUCUUGCAAAUGCUGUUAAGAAACGUGAGCAUACAAUCGAAGAUCUCAAUGAAGCAACCAGGAUUUUUAAUGAAUACGAGCAACAAAUUGAUUUCCAAGUUGCAGAAACAACAAGAAUGGCAAAAAUUUUGCAAAGUUUGGAACUUCAAAUCAUGAAUCAACAGCAAAGAUAUGCUCUUAAUGCUGAUGAUUGCAUGGAUAAGAGAAGAUUACUCAUUGAUAAACAAGAUGCAUUAUGUAUUCUUGCAGAACAACUUGCAAAGAAUGAAGAAAUUCUUAAAGAUGGAGAAAAAAUGCUCAAAGAAAAAGAUGAAGACAUUAAAAUGCUUAACUUGCAAUUAAAUGAUUUCGCUAGAAGUGUUGAACUUGCAUACAAGAAAGUUCCACAAAUUCGUGAAGCAGAUGAAAAAAUCAAAGAACUCAAAUGGGAGUUAGAAAAUACCAAAAAAUCCGUUAAAGAACUUGCAGUUAAACUUGAGAAUCCAUCAGAACAAGAUAGAAAGAGACAGUAUACAGGAACUGAUAUCUCUCUCAAAGAGCUUAAGAAGAAAAUUGCAGCUUAUGAAGACAGGAAUUCAAAGAAAGAACAGCAGCUUUGGGAAGCACAAAUUCUUCUCAGAGACAUGCAAGACAAGAAUCAUAAAAUGCAAGUGGAACUCAGAGGAAACGACAAAAACUCUAGAAACACUUACGCAAAGGCAGGAAAAGCGAAAAGCGACAUGAUGGCUCUCAGAAGAAAGAAGAAGGCAGUUAUCAGCGAACUUGCAGUUGUUGAAGCACAAAAGAUGGAGUUGAAUGAAAAGACAAAGAAUGUGAAAGAAGAAUUAGUUGACAGUGCAAGAAGAGUUAAAGAUGGAGAAGAAUUUGAUGAAUACGCAGGCAAAAUGAUAAGAAUGCAUGAAAGAGAUGAACAACUUUCUGCAAGAAGAAGAGCAGGAAUACGCGAUGAUGAUGACGAAGAUAAUGAAUACGAUGAAGAUGCUCCAAAGGGAAGACAGAAAUAUGAUGCUUAUCCAACAGCAGAUGGUUUGUCAAGACCUUAUGGUGCAUUUCCUGUAUUUCAGCCAGAAAAGAAGCAAGGAAACUUGAGAUUCUACAAGAGAGAAAAAGAACCUGAUAUUAUUAUUUGA